AUGGGCAAGUCAUUCGCAUCCCUCAACGCUGCCCUGCUCAGGCGGGCACAACUACUGGCAGACUGUGGGCCAGUAUUGGUCAUCUGCCCAACAAGCUGCGUGGACCAAUGGUCCUCUGAGGUUCAGAAACACUUCAACGAGGAAACACGACCUCGGUGCAUGGCCCUCCACCAGAAAGAAACUAGUCCUAAAGACAUUGUGAAAAUGGAUAUCGUCAUCGAAAGUCAUGGCUUCGUGAGGCAACGGUUCACCGAGGCCACGGAGUACAUUGCAUGGUUCAAGCUCAAGGACUUCGUACCUCAACGGGACAUCGACUCAGAUGGACAUUCGCAUCCGAGGUAA